AUAAUGACAUGUCAGUGACACCUGUCAGAUAUGUCACAUGCGUCCUAACUGUGUAAUACUUGAGGCUUAAAAAAAGGCUGCAAAUUAAAAGGCUUAAAUUGCUGUUUAAAAUUAAAAGUACUCCUUUAUCAGGCAAAAUGUAUUUGCUGUGUGCGUGCAUUCGGUGCAUACUGGGGAUGCGUGGUCGGAUGGGCAGGGUACUGAUAUCCAAUAAGUUGCAUGGGUUUUCUGUCCAAGAAGAGCACUUGUGUGGCAUUUAAACCUCGUAUUGGCAUAAGCGGUCGGCGUGGGUGCGGGACGGGCGGCGAUGCGAAGCUGCUCCCCAAACGGAGAGACCCGGACGAUGCCUCCCUUCCUGCUCUUCCAGCGGAAAACGAGCAAGCCGUGAGCGCUCAAGCUGCAGAAGGAGAGCCGAUAAAAAGGCAGCGGGGUGCCGUGUGAGCGCCUGGUGUCUCUACGCCGAUCAGUGUUUUACGCGCCGGAUCCUGGCAGCCAGCAGCGUCGGAGCUAGACUGCGCCUCGCUGAAACCGCGGCGAAGCGAUGUAGCGAUCGGCUCCCGGCGGAUGCUAUUGGAUAUAAAUAUACAUAUAUUAUACAUAUUAUAUAGGUCUAUAAAAACGCAUUACUUGACUGGCGUGAUCAGUCCGAAGUGGCAAACGAGAUCCAAGAAUCCAGUCUCUCCUUGAAAGUUACGGGAAGUUUCGAGGGACAGUUAACAAGGACUUUGUUGCAAACGGAAAGAAGGGAUAGAAUCACUUGUAGUUAAGGCGGGUGGACUAUGGCAGCGGACCUGAAGCCGCGACUGUGCGUUAUUAAAAAGGCGGACUCUGGCUAUGGCUUUCAUCUGCAUGGAGAGAAGGGCAGAAGCGGCCAGUACAUCCGCAAAGUGGAGCCAGCGUCGCCCGCUGACAUGGCCGGGCUGCGCACCGGGGACCGGGUGGUGGAGGUGAACGGCGACAACGUGGAGAAGGAGACGCACUACCAGCCGACAGCUAAAAAGUCGUCAUCUCCUGAGGCAACACAAUGUGCUCUUCUAGUCUCCCGGCCUUGUCACCUGUCACUGUUUCAGUGUCUGACAGUGGUCCAGCGGAUCCGAGCGGUGCCACACGAGACGCGGCUUUUGGUGGUGGACGGCAACACCGAUGAGCACCUGCGGCGCCAGCAGCUGCCGUGCAGUGCCGAACCGGCCGCCGUCGCAGGGGGCAGCUGCAGCGAGCCGGCCCCAUCAGCGGCCCAUGAGGCAGAAAACGGGCGCAUUUCCACGCAGCCGGCCCCCUCUGCCGACGCCCCCCCCAAGCCUAUCGACCAGCCGCGCACCCUCAGCACUAAAAAGGAGACAGAGCCCCCAGUCAUUAAGCAGCAACCCCGGCUGUGCUGCUUGGCGAAGAGCGAGCAGGGCUAUGGCUUCAACCUACAUAGCGACAAGACCCGACCCGGGCAGUUCAUCCGCUCCGUGGAUCCGGGCUCACCGGCCGAGAAGGCGGGACUCAAGCCCAAGGACAGGCUCGUCGAGGUGAACGGUGUCAAUAUAGAGAAUCUCCGGCAUGCAGAAGUGGUGGCACUUAUCAAGCGGGGGGGCAGCGACGCCAGGCUGCUGGUGGUGGACCCAGACACAGACGAGCACUUCAAGAAGCAGGGUGUUACUCCCCUGGAAAGCCAUGUUGAAGGCCCCUUGGCUCCAUCCAUCACUAAUGGCUCCCGUAAGUCUUGGCCUAGUGACAGCUCCACGUCCCAGUCCUCCCAGUCCACCAGCUCUGAGCUGAGCAACCCGGAUGUCAGCACACAGGUCCCAGAGGAUGACAAGAGGUGCUUGCUGGACCCUUUUGUGGAGAGUGGCCUCCGCCUCAGUCCCACAGCUGCGGAGGCCAAGCGUAAGGCCCAGGCCAAGCGUGGCCACAAGAGGGCACCACAGAUGGACUGGAACAAAAAAUACGAGAUCUUCAGCAACUUCUGACGGCCUCACAUUUACUGCCCCGCCCACUGCCUGACCAAAAUAAUAUACAUACUCAUAGUCAAACCUCAGACCAUUUAAAAAUGGGGAGACUUUUUUUUGCAUGUGGCAAAAGAUGCAAAAUAAUGCUGUGGGAUGCAGAGAAGCUAAUCUCCAGAUGAUCACCUGCACAGUCAAUCAUCUAGUUACGACAGUGUUUCCCAAACCGGUCCUCGGGGCACAAUGGACGGAUCAACAUUUUUGCUUUAUCCCAGUUCCCAGCACACCUGUAAGGUAUUUAGAGUUCCUGAUUGUUUUGGUCAUGUGUUCUGGAAACUGGAAUAAAGCAAAAAUGUGGAUCUGUCCAGUGUGCCUCCAGGACUGGUUUGAGAAACACAGAUUUAUGAGAUAAAUAUAUAUCCAUACAUACACAUACAUUUCUAUGCCAUAGAAACAUGUUGUAAAUGUUUGUUUAGCUGUAUAUCCUCAUUUACAGGGGAGGAGUUUCUCAAUGGAUUUGUCAGCUGUGUCAAGGCAUUUGCUCGUGUUGCUGGACGCUACCCUUUGUCCCCCUCCUCUGCAGUUACUCGUCUCUGCCUUUUUAGAGACACAUUUGCUCUGUCCUGUUUACAUUACAUAUACUGCAGAUCCUCCAUCGAGGCUCCACCACAUACAGUGGCAGUGCAGUGCACAUACAGUGCUGCACCCAAAAUAGUGGUUAUCGGGCACGACGCUGGGGGGGGGGGGGGUCAAGGCAUGUUUUUGGGGUCAUUUCAGCCCAGGAAGAGAAGGGUGAGGCUUUCCUGCUGUUCUCCAGACCUCCUCCUAUAGUGGAGUCUCAAAACUGAGCAGAGGGAGAGGAGAAUAUGAGGUUGGGGGGGGGGGGGCAAUGGAAGAGGAUGAGAGACAGGAAAGCAGGAGGGAGCAGCUGAGUAGACAGGAAAAGGGUAAGGAAGAGAGGAAUGGCAGGAAGAUGGACGGAACUGAAGUAAGUGGACAGGGAAUAGAGAACUGGGGAAGGCAGAGAUGAGGGACCGCCAGACACACAUAAGUUGUUGCGCAGCCUAAUUGCUGCAUCCCUUGCUGAAGAAGGCCCACGAGAAGCGGACCUCAGACAGACACAGCCUCCCUGAGCCACGUGUCGACUGUGCGAACCGCUCACCCAAACAGAUGCUGUGAAUGGAAGGUUUAGUCAAGGUUUUACUAUUUGUUACUUAGCCAAAUGGUCUUCAAUGAAAACAUACAUGUAGUUUUGGCAAACGGCCCUUGUGCCAUCAUGUAUCUGGAGAAAGGGCUUCAAACCUGAGGAUUAGAGUUCACUCUGCCUCCUGUUGGCCAUUUCAUGUCACUGCUGGACUUUUGGCCAAAAUGGCUGUACUAUUACUUUGUGCACUUGUGCCUUUUGGUGUGCUUCAGCUGUCCUUCACACACUGCUGACAGGAUGCCUGGCUUCAGCUAGCCCUGCUCAUCUGCUGGAAACCAUGCAUAGAGCUGAGCUGUGUACUGGACCAAUGUGCACCAGGCAUUGCAGGGUGCACUGGUUCCCAAUAAAGUGUGACUUUUCAUGUACUGGGUGUGUCAUAGCACUUGAAAAGUACUGGAA